GACGGUAAGCAAAGCUUUUUAUUGACGAAGUAGGAGGUGGUGUGGUGUGGUACGAUAGAAGUGUUUAGAGAGUGUGAGAUGAUACCAGCAGGCUGCAGAAGACCAGUGUGAAAAGAAGGGGAAAAUUGUAUGGAGUUAACUUAUUUAGUUGUGUGUAUUGUGAAAGUGAGGUGUAAAAGUCUAUAGAAGUUCAUGGCUCAAGUCUAGACAUUCGAACAGUGCACAAAGGACACAGACAUGAAAGAGGCGGCAUACAGUGUGAUCAACACCGUCAUGGAUACUUUGCUCGUCAUAGCUUUAAUUUGCUCAUCGUUAUCUGGAACAUGGGGGCAGAGAAGACAAUCUCAGUGUGAACAAGGCAGCUGCUACCCUGCCACUGGGGACCUCCUCAUUGGUCGUGAGAAGAUGCUUACUGCCUCCUCCACGUGUGGCCUUGAAAAGCCAGAGCGCUACUGUGUGGUCAGUUAUCUGGAGAAGCCCACCAAAUGUGCUUACUGUAACUCUACUGAACCCUGGGUUGAAGGUGUUAAUGAGGACAGUCAUCGGAUUGAGAACAUUGUUUCAUCCUUCAGAGGUCGACGGCGGAGAAACAGAUGGUGGCAGGCUGAAAAUGGAAAGGCGAAGGUGCAUAUUCAGCUCAAACUGGAGGCUGAGUUUCACUUCACUCACUUAAUCAUGACCUUCAAAACUUUCCGACCAAAGGCCAUGUUAAUAGAGCGGUCCUUUGACUUUGGCAAGACGUGGAACGUCUAUCGCUACUUUGCACAGAACUGUGCUCGCUCAUUUCCAGGCAUUCCCAGAGGGCCAGUUCGUAGUUUGACUGAUGUGAUCUGUGAAGAAAGGUAUUCAGAGGAAACACCGUCUACAGGGGGCGAGGUUAUAUUCAGGGUCCUCCCACCAUUCAUCCCCAUUGCAGACCCCUACAGUGAGACUGUUCAAGACCUUCUGAAACUUACAGACCUCCGUGUCAACUUCACUGAGCUCCAUACUCUUGGUGAUACUUUGCUGGACUCUCGGCCUCAGAUCAAGGAGAAAUAUUAUUAUGCCCUCUAUGAUAUGACAGUGCGAGGAAGUUGUUCCUGUUAUGGCCAUGCUUCCAGGUGCUUGCCUGUGGCUGGUUACGAAUCCCGGCCUGACAUGGUACACGGGCAGUGUGAUUGCACUCAUAACACCAAGGGACUUAACUGUGAAAUGUGUGAAGAUUUUUACAAUGAUCUGUUGUGGAAGCCAGCUCAACAGAAUCAGCCAAAUGCUUGUAAAAAAUGUAACUGCAACAACCAUGCUAGCAAGUGCCAUUUUGAUGCUGCACGAUUUGCAUCAACUGGAUUUGUGAGUGGUGGGGUGUGUGAUGACUGCAUGCACAAUACCCAGGGGGAAAACUGCCAGGAGUGCAAGCCCUUCUUCUUUCAGGACCCCAACAGAGACAUACGUGAUCCAGAAAUUUGCCAGCCAUGUGAUUGUGACUCUUUCGGCUCACUGAACAGAGGGUUGUGUGAAGGUGUAACUGAUAGUGUACUAAACACAGUUGCGGGGCGUUGCAUGUGCAAACGAUAUGUGACUGGGGAGCGCUGUGACACUUGUAUCAGCAACUACUGGAACCUUCGUGAUGAAAAUCCUGAUGGAUGCGAGGCUUGUGCAUGCAAUCCACUGGGAACACUGGGAGACUAUGGAUGUGACCAAGAAACAGGAAUCUGUCGAUGCAAGCGUUAUGUCACUGGCAGAAACUGCGAUGAAUGCUAUGCUGGCUUCUGGGGACUGAGUGAGUAUCAACAUGGAUGCUACGCGUGUGACUGCGACAUUGGUGGAGCACUGCGCUCCACGUGUAACCAAGUCAAUGGUCAGUGUGAGUGCCGGCCAUACAUUACUGGCAAGCAGUGCAAGCAGGUGGAAACAGGAUAUUAUUUUGCCCACCUGGACCACAAUAUUUAUGAGGCAGAACAUGGACAAGGCAGUGGGGUGGUCCAUCCUACUGGACUGGUCCCUGGCUAUAUGAAAGUGAUGGAAGGCGACAGCAUUGAGCUCACAAUUGAUUCAGUCCCUUUCAGCACGUUUUAUGACCUUGUCAUCCGGUAUGACCCCAGGAUGCCUGAGGUGUUCCAAGAUGUACGAGUUACAGUAAUUCGUCCAGAUCGAGUAGAUCCAGAUGGCCUUUGUGGGGAAUUCAAUCCUCAAGAUGACUUCAAAUCAGCUGCACUACAACCAGGAGCACGAUAUGAGAUGGUGCGUCCUCCAUCCUGCCUGGAAAAGGGCAAGGUUUAUAAAGUUCGCAUUGACUUCACUUCCUACAGGAGAGGCCAGAAGACUCCAGAAGCUACUCUUCUUAUUGAUUCAAUCCUGGUCGUGCCAAAUGCAGACUACAUCCCCAUCUACCAGGGCCCUGGUCUGCCUGAGUAUAUGCUGAAUGAGUUCCUGCGCUAUCGAUGCCCUCAACUGCAGUAUCCUUCCAUCAAGCAGGAGCUGAUAGAAGAGUGUCGCCGGCACACCUUCAGCAUCUCUGCUGUUCUGCAUAAUGGCGCCCUCCCUUGCAACUGUGAUCCCAUGGGAUCUCUUAGCUUGGAAUGUGAUCCUAAUGGUGGACAGUGCCAGUGUAAACCCAAUGUUGUUGGCAGACGCUGUGACAAAUGUGCACCUGGAACUUUUGGCUUCGGCCCCGAGGGCUGUCAACCAUGCAACUGUCAUGAAAUUGGUGCCCGUGACAACUUCUGCAAUGAGCAGACUGGCCAGUGCACGUGCAUACAGAAUGUCGGUGGGCGAAUCUGUGAUCAGUGUCGAGUGGGAUUCUGGGGCUUCCCUCAAUGCAGACUUUGCCAGUGUAAUGGCAAUGCAGAUACUUGCGACCCUCUGAGUGGUGUAUGCAUUGACUGUAGAGACUAUACAUUUGGAGACUACUGUGAAAGAUGUCAGGAUGGUUACUACGGUGAUCCGCGUGUUGGAGUCCGUAUUCCAUGUCGCCCAUGUCUGUGCCCUGGAGGACCAGGAAGUCUGACCCAGCAUGCAGACACUUGUAGCUUUGACCCCCGAUCUCAAGAAGUAUUCUGCAAUUGCUAUCCAGGAUAUCAAGAACCAUCCUGUGACCGCUGUAUUGACAACUACUAUGGAAACCCUAUGACCCCAGGCGGCAGCUGUGUGGCUUGUGUAUGCAACAAUAACAUUGAUCCUGAUGUACCAGGCAGUUGUGACUCAAGCACAGGCCAAUGCCUCAAGUGUCUGUACAACACUGAAGGUUUCAGCUGCGAGCAUUGUGUGGCUGGUUACUAUGGUGAUGCCACCAAACAGAGCUGUCUUCAAUGCAUCUGCAAUCCUGUGGGAACGGACAUUGCUGGUGGAUAUUGUGAUCGUGUGAAUGGUCAGUGUCCUUGCUUGCCAAAUGUCAUUGGACAGGACUGUAGUCAGUGUGCUCCUGCCCACUGGAAUCUUGCCAGCGGUGUUGGAUGUGAAGCCUGCAGCUGUGACCCUACUGGUUCCUUGUCUCUGGACUGCAAUCAGCUCGAUGGUCAAUGCGCCUGUCUUGAUGGACGGGGAGGGAGGACGUGCAGCGAUUGUGAAGACUUUUUCUGGGGUGAUCCCACUGACCAGUGCUAUCCCUGUGACUGUGACACCAGAGGGUCAGCAUCUAUGCAGUGUGACAAGCGAACCGGUCAGUGCCAGUGUGUGACUGGUGUAACAGGCUAUAAAUGUGACCGUUGUGCCCGAGGCACUACUGGAGAGCUGCCCAACUGUGUGCCCUGUGGCGAGUGCUUUGACAACUGGGAUCGAGUCAUUCGUGACCUGCGAGACCAGACUGAGUACCUUGUGGAAUCUGCCAGAAACAUCUCUGUUACUGGCGCCAUCCAGGCAUUUGAUGAAGAGUUCAAGCACAUGCAAAACAACAUUGAUGAGAUUCGACAGAUCCUAUCCUCUGUCAGUUUUACUCAAGUUGAUGUGAAAGACAUUGAGAAUAUGCUGGAACUCAUCAAGCGUAACUUGACAGAUAACAGCCAAAACUUGAACAGCUUGGAUGAAACUUUAAGAGGGACAACAGCACGUGUACAGAAGGGCAAUACAGAAAUUGCCGCUCUCAGGGAUGGCGUAGAGAAGCUCCGACGGCUGGCAAAAGAGCUGCAAGACAACGCAACUGAUAUACAAGCCAGAGAUGUUGAGGGUGCAUUCAACAUUACCAAGGAGGCUGAAAGACGGUCUCGGGAAGCCCAGCAGGUUGUUGAUGGAACAAGUCGCCACUUGGAAGAGUCGGCACGCAUUAGGCAAAGGGUUGAGGACCUCAUAGGUUCGAGGCAGAAGUAUUUUGAGACCAAAGUGGAGGAAAACCAACGUAACCUUGACAGUCUGGAGCGUGAUGUAACAGGCUUGAGUGAUCGUCUCUCAGACAUCAAUAAUAUGGUAUGUGGAGCACCAGGUUCUCCCUGCGAUGCUGUCUGUGGUGGUGGCGGCUGUGGUCGAUGUGGUGGUGAGAGCUGUGAUGGUGCAGUUACCAAAGCUGAAAAAGCCCUGAAACUGGCAGAGCAAGCUGAGGAACGGCUGACAGCAAACGAAGGAUCUGCCAGUGCUCUGCUAUUGGAUGUGCAAGGAGUGAAACAGUCAGCCAUUGAAGCUAGAGAAGAAGCUCAGAUGGCAUAUGAUGCAGCUUUUGCUGCCAAGAACAUUUCUGAAAGUGCCCGUACUGAUCUGGAGGACCUGCUGAACCAGAUAUCAAAUGUUCUGGGUGCCCCUAAAGCCACACCUGAAGAUGUCAAAAAGGUAGCAGAGGAGGUGUUGAAUAUGAAAGUUUCACUGGAUCCUGACCAGAUCCAAGACCUGGCCAGCAAGAUAAAUCGCACUGUGCAAGGCCUGGAAAACAUUGACCAGAUUCUUGCUGAAACGGAGAAAAGCCGUGCUUUGGCACAACAGCUCAACCACAGUGCUGAGGAGGCAUCGGCCAAGGCACAAGAAAUUCUGAAGACAGCUCAGCAAGUUCGAAAUGCUCUGGAUGGAGCACGACGAGCACAGGAGGCAGCUGAGGCUGCCAUUAAACAGGCACAAGCAGACAUCAGUGAUGCAGAAUCUGACCUGUCCAUGAUCGGGAGAGAGACUUCUGAGACUCGUGAGCUCUCAAAGAAAACUCUGGAUCUUCUGGCAAAUUUGAAGAGACGUUUGGAGCAGUUGAAAACUCGCUUCAUAAAGAAUGACUUAGACAUCAAAAAUGCUGAGGAUGCUAUCAAUGAGGCGGAGAGUAAAGCCAAUACUGCUGAAAAUGAAGCCAGGUCUCUGCAAAACACCUACGAAGACACAUCGUCCAAACUAGAUAAAAAGUUCAGUGCAACAGCUGAUGCCAGAGAGAGGGCUGCUCGACUAGCAGUCAGAGCUGAUGCUAUUGUAAACAAGGUCUUGCGUCAGAAGAGAGACCUGGAAGCUAUCCAAGAAAGCAUUGGUGACAAUGAGAAGGUGCUGGUGGAAUUAUCAGAUGACAUUGAUGAGCUGAACAGGAGGAUGGAUCAGUACCUCCAAGACAUUAAAGCAAAACACGACUACUAUCGGACCUGCUAACCUGUCUUGCAGCAUCUCUGCCUCCUGUAGUUGUGCUAGUUUGGCAUCUUGAUAGCAAGAACAGACUUUCCAAGGAAUGCCUUCUUGUACCCUCUGCUUUACCAGUAAAAGCCAAGUAGGUUAGCAUCUUGUAACCUCAGAUUCAUGUCUGCUUCCCUUGAUCCAGUCACCACUGUUGCUUUCCCAAGCGGUCUCAUGCCCCGCGACCUCUCAGGCAAUUAAUGGGUGAACUUUGUGUUCACCCACAAAGUUCACCCGGUCUCCAUAAUUGUAGCUAUAACUUAAAUGCAUUUAAUUCAGGUUCCACUGUUAUAUUUUUUUGUAGAGGUUCAUGUUAUGCUUGAAGUUUGUAAGAAGUGCAUUUUUUAAGAUUGGAGAUCUUAGUCUUUGAUGGAGGCUGGGGAAUAUUUUCUCCUUAUGCAGGCAUUGUUAUAAAGAUGCUAAUUGUAUUUGGCAGACUUUAAACCUGUUUCCUUUUUUCUGCAUAUUGUCUUUAUUUCCGCUUAGAUCUGACAAAAAUAGGCAGAAUGUUUGUCACGUGCCCAGAAUCCUUACAUUAUGGUUUGACUGAUGUGUACAUAUGAUUAAUAUGUGGAUGUAUUCAAGUGAAUGUUGGCUUUGCCAUUGAAAUGUGUAUGUGCAUUAUUUAAACAUGAUUCGCAUAUAAGGAUUUCGUAAGUAUGGCUGUUAUUUUCUAAUUUUACUUUAUAACAUUUACUCUGUAUAACAUUGCCACUCUUAAACAGUUAAAUUUUUAGAAACAAAACAAAAGAGCUUCUUAGAAAGUUGUGAUUAUGUUUUUGGUUGUCUGUUAAGGGGGCUGGCUACAGACUGUAUAAUUAUGACUAUUCAAAGCAUUAACCCCUUGAGGGCAACUCCAGAAACGUGUUACCAAAGAUGUUAGCAUGGCUAGUUUGUUUUAGUGAAUUUGCAUGAAACAAUUCUCAUGCUUACAGUUUUGAGUGCAAAAAUUUGAACUUAAAACAAGCACAGUGGAGCAUGUUUUUUGGGGAAAGUUCUUAAAAUGUAUCUUACCUUGCAUUUUUAGUUCUUUUGCUUUUAUUGUAGAUUAUGUUUAACAGAGUAAGUGAAUGCUUUCUGCAGGGACAGCAACAACAUGGUGCUUAUAUUUGUCCUAUAGACAGCUGAGUGGGAUCCCUUAGAAGUUACCAGGUCAAGGACUUAUCCCUACACAAAAUGUACAGCCUUAGGGAAGUACCUUCAAUAUUCUACCUCAGUUUACAUUUCCCCAGUAAAAACUUUUGCAACUGUGCAGUAAGAAGUGAGAUAAAAAAUUCAUUUGCAUAUAUCUCUCCAGGUUGAACAAUUUUUUUAGUUUUGUCCUCAUGUUGACACUAUUAGCUUGUUACCUUACAGAGUGUUGUGAUUUCAGUGUCAAGGCAUUGUCAUAACAGUGGAGGAACUUUGGGUGGAUGCAAGAACUUUUAAAAAAGUGAUUAAGAUCAUCUACCCUAAAAAGAAGAGAAAAAAAAACCCGUACAUGGCCACAGUAAUUGUGGUGCUAUCACUAUGAAAUACUCAUUAUACUGCUUUGUACAUUGUCAUUGCUGUAUGCCAGGCCUUUGAAAAUAAGGGUUAGCUUAGCAAUAAAGGAUCAGUUGUGAUGGAACUUGUAGCUAAGUGUUUCACUGUGAGAGUGGCUAGGCUUUGCCUCUCUGACCGUAGGCCAGUAGUGUUUUAGGUUCCCAUUUGUGUGAAUGUGACUCACCUUUCAUGUGUGUAUUGCCUUAUUGUGUAGGUUUGUAAUGAGCCAUGUCCAAUGCGUUUGAUUGAUGAACAAAUCGUAAUGCUGAUGCCAAGUACUAAAUGAGUGUUACCUUUAUUCAAUGCUGCCAGUUUGUUUAAUAUGAUGCAUACUCCUGUCAGCUUUUUUUUAGGUGGUUUAUUAUUUUUUUUUGCAAAGCUACUAUGCUGUAUUUUCAAAUCAAAUGAUUGUGGCCUUUUCUAUAACUAAAACAUUAAAAACAUAUUCUUACUUAUUUUUAACUUGAAUAUAAUAAUGUAUAUUACUCAUUUUAUUUACUCAUUUGAUCCACUUUAUCAUAAUAGCAGAUGCAUCUAAAAUCAGUGACUGCACCCUUCUUUGUAUACAUGCUCAAGUAACAAGGAGUAAAAGGCUUUUGUUCACAAGUAAAUAUAACUCGUGCAUUUUAUGUACUUUGUAUUAGUGACAAGAAAUAAACUAUCUUUUCCUCCAA